CUAGGUUGGCAGCCUCGGUGGUUUGUAUUAGACAAUGGGAUAUUGUCAUACUAUGAUUCACAGGAUGAUGUUUGCAAAGGAAGCAAAGGAAGUAUAAAGAUGGCUGUGUGUGAAAUCAAAGUUCAUGCAACAGACAACACAAGAAUGGAGCUAAUCAUCCCAGGGGAACAGCAUUUCUAUAUGAAAGCAGUUAAUGCCGCUGAAAGGCAAAGGUGGCUGGUAGCACUGGGGAGUGCAAAAGCCUGUUUAGCAGAUACCAGAACGAAAAAAGAAAAAGAAAUAAGUGAGACCAAUGAAUCUCUUAAAACCAAAAUGUCUGAACUUCGUCUCUACUGUGAUCUUUUAAUGCAGCAAGUUCAUACAAUACAAGAAUUUGUUCACCAUGAUGAGACUCGCUCUCCUCCCAGCAUUGAGAAUAUGAAUGAAGCCUCUUCCUUGCUUAGUGCCACAUGUAAUACAUUUAUCACAACACUUGAAGAAUGUGUGAAAAUCGCUAAUGCCAAGUUUAAGCCAGAAAUGUUCCAGCUGCCUCACCCUGAUCCCUUAGUUUCUCCUGUGUCACCAUCACCUCUCCAAAUGAUGAAGCGUUCCAUUAGCCACCCUGGUCCUUGCUAUUCAGAAAGGAAUAAUCACUCUGUAAAAGAACCAAUUUCAUCCCUUCACCGAUUUUCACAGCGGCGCAGAAGGACAUACUCGGACACAGAAUCUUGCAGUGAUACUCCCUUUGAAGAUUCUCAGAGAUCUGCUCACUGUUCUAGAAGUGCUGUCAAUGGAGAUCUGGUAUCAUCAGCCAUUCCUGAAGAAAAUAGAUCAGUAUCAAAGGAAAGAUCUGAACUGGAAGAGACUCUUCCAUCCUUUUCUUCUUGAAGAAACUGAAAGUAUUCAAUUUUCUAUAAAUAAUGCUAUGCAAAGGCUGCUGUAAUUAUACUGUUGUUAUAGGAAGUAGUCAUUUCCCUUUUUAGAAGGAUUUCUCUGCACUUUAUAGAAUAACAUAAAAACUAUCUUUGAAGUGUAUUUUAUCUUUAUAUAGUUUAUUUGCAAGAGUAUUUUCCUAAUAUUUCACAGUUUGUGCAUUUUUUGUAACAAAUUAUGGCUUAACAGAUAAGCAUCCACAUUUGUAUAUGUAGCUCUUUUUAAAAAGUGUGAAAUCUGACUGA